AUGGAUGUAAAAGGUUCCGAGAAGAUGGACACCGAUAAGGAGGUACUAGGUGGCGUUGACGCCGGUAAACAUGCCGAGGAAAAGGGGCUUGGUGAGGGAACCGACAGGCCCUCACGCUCUCAGUCAUCCGACUCUUCUAGGACCCAGAAUGCCGAGGAGCUUCGCGAAGAGGCUAGACGCAACAACCCGAAAGGCAUGACAAACCUAUCAACAGGUAUCUCGGUUGAGCAGGCCGAGGCCGAUUUCGCACAACUACGGCGGGAGCUGUCGGGCAUGUCGCGUGCCAGUCGCACCCAGAGCCAAGGGAAGGCCGGCGAUGUCGAAGUUGGCCAAGCCCUCAGCGCGGCAGCUUCAUCCGGGGGCCAGAGCGAGCAGUUCGACCUCGAAUCUGCCCUUCGCGGCGAUCUGGACGCCGAACGGGAAGCUGGCAUCCGGCCCAAACACGUUGGUGUUUACUGGGACGGCUUGACAAUAACCGGCAUCAGCGGCCAUACAAACUUUGUCAAAACGUUUCCUGAUGCCUUUGUCGACUUUUUCGACGUCAUCACACCCCUGAAAAAAAUGCUCGGUCUCGGCAAAAAGGGAGUCGAUAGAGAUCUCUUGAACAACUUUAGGGGCGUCUGCAAGCCGGGCGAGAUGGUUCUCGUGCUCGGCAAGCCUGGAUCUGGGUGUACGACUUUUCUGAGGAGCAUUGCGAACCAGCGUUUUGGGUACAGCAGCGUAUCUGGCGAGGUGCUCUAUGGCCCCUUUACCGCUAACGAGUUUACGCAGUACCGUGGGGAGGCUGUCUACAAUGGCGAGGACGAUCUUCAUCAUGCGACUCUUUCUGUGGAGCAGACGCUUGGUUUUGCCCUCGAUGUCAAAAUGCCCGGGAAGCUCCCGGCCGGCAUCGGCAAGCAGCAAUUCAAGGAAAAGGUUAUCGGCAUGCUCCUCAAAAUGUUCAACAUUGAGCACACCCGGCACACGGUUGUCGGUGGGCCCUUUGUCCGCGGUAUUUCUGGCGGCGAGAGGAAGCGCGUCUCCAUCGCCGAGAUGCUGGUCACGAAUGCGUGUAUCUUGUCUUGGGAUAACAGCACUCGUGGCCUGGACGCCUCAACCGCCCUAGAUUUCGUCAAGUCGCUUCGGGUUCAAACCAAUCUCUACAAAACCAGCACCUUUGUCUCGCUCUACCAGGCCUCCGAGAAUAUUUAUAAGUUGUUCGACAAAGUGUUGGUCAUUGACGAGGGUAGACAGGUCUACUUCGGACCAGCUUCCGAGGCAAGGGCUUACUUCGAGGGGCUGGGAUUUCUCCCGCGUCCUCGCAUGACCACGCCAGACUAUGUCACCGGCUGCACCGACGAGUUUGAACGCGAAUAUCUAGAGGGAUAUUCUGCCGGGAACGCCCCACACAGUCCGGCCACAUUGGAGGCUGCCUUCAACGAGUCCAAGGUCGCCAAGGUGUUGGAACAGGAUAUGGCUGGCUACAAGAAAUCCCUCGGCGAGGAUAUGGGCAAGUACGAAGACUUCCGAAUCGCUGUCCGCGAACAGAAGCGCCGCGGUACUCCAAAGAAAUCCGUCUACUCAGUCGGGUUUCACCAACAAAUCUGGGCCCUGAUGAAGCGCCAAUUUUUGCUCAAGAUGCAGGACCGCCUUGGUCUUGCCCUCUCUUGGCUUCGAAGUAUUGUAAUUGCCAUCGUCUUUGGCACACUCUACUUAAACCUCGGCAGAACAUCUGCGAGCGCCUUCGCCAAGGGCGGUCUCAUGUUCGGCUCGUUGCUGUUCAACGCCUUCCAGGCCUUCUCCGAGCUUGCGGGCACUAUGACGGGUCGUCCAAUCGUGAACAAGCACAAAGCAUACGCCUUUCACAGACCCUCAGCCCUCUGGAUUGCACAAAUCUUCGUCGACCAGGCCUUUUCUGCGUCGCAGAUCCUUAUAUUCUCCAUCAUCGUCUACUUCAUGACCAACUUGUUCCGAGAGGCUGGGGCCUUUUUCAUUUUUGUUCUGAUGGUGCUGUCAGGAAAUAUUGCGAUGACUUUGUUUUUCCGCAUCAUUGGUUGCAUGAGCCCGGAUUUUGACUAUGCCAUCAAGUUUGCUAUCGUCUCCAUCACUUUCUUCAUCACUACAUCUGGAUACAUAAUCCAGUACCAGUCAGAAAAGGUUUGGCUGCGAUGGAUCUACUACAUCAACGUGCUAGGCCUUGCCUUCAGUUCAAUGAUGGACAACGAGUUCUCGAGGGUCAACAUGACGUGCACCGCUGAUUCUCUGGUGCCUGCCGGCCCUGGAUACGAUGAUAUCAACCACCAAAUAUGCACGCUUCCUGGCUCCACGGCAGGGACGCUCGAGGUCUCGGGAACCGCAUACAUCGAGCAAGGCUUUUCGUACGACCCGAAGGACAUGUGGCGAAACUGGGGCAUCAUCAUAUCAAUCAUCAUCUUCUUCCUCAUCAUGAAUGUCGUUUUGGGCGAAAUUGUCAAAUUCGGCAUGGGAGGCAACAUGGCCGCCGUAUGCCAGCGUCCCAACGACGAGCGGAAGAAGCUCAACGCGGACCUACUCGAGAAGCGGAACCAGCGACGCGAGACGCGCAAGAAUGAUAGCAGCUCGGAGCUCUUAAUUUCUUCGCAAAGCAUUCUUACAUGGGAGAAUCUCUGCUACGAGGUGCCUGUUCCAGGUGGAACGCGGCAGCUCCUCGACCACAUCUUUGGAUACGUCAAGCCCGGCCAGCUCACGGCUCUCAUGGGUGCUUCGGGUGCAGGCAAAACUACCCUUCUCGAUGUUCUUGCGGCGCGGAAGAAUAUUGGAGUCAUCAGCGGCGACAUUCUCGUUGACGGCAUCAAGCCCAAUAUGGAGUUUCAGCGUAGCACAUCCUAUGCAGAACAGCUUGACGUCCAUGAUCCCUCACAGACUGUUCGCGAGGCCCUCCGGUUCUCCGCCGAUCUGCGGCAAUCUUUUGACACGCCACGCGGGGAGAAAUACGCCUAUGUUGAAGAGAUUAUUGCUUUGUUGGAAAUGGAAACGUUUGCCGAUGCCGUUAUUGGCUCGCCCGAGACAGGCUUGACUGUUGAGCAGAGAAAGCGGGUUACUAUUGGCGUCGAGCUAGCCGCCCGGCCUCAGUUACUCCUGUUUCUCGAUGAGCCAACUUCGGGUCUCGAUUCUCAAAGCGCUUUUAACAUUGUUCGGUUUCUUAAAAAGCUGGCGGCAGCAGGCCAGGCAAUUCUCUGCACCAUUCACCAACCGAACGCCGCCCUAUUCGAGAAUUUUGACCGGCUACUGCUGCUCAAGUCGGGCGGACGCUGUGUCUAUUUUGGAGACAUUGGCAGGGACGCGGCAAUUCUGGGAGAUUAUCUCUCGCGGCAUGGCGCAGUCCCCCAGGACACCGACAAUGUUGCCGAGUUCAUGCUCCAAGUCAUUGGGGCGGGAAGUGCUCCUCGCGUUGGCGACCGCGACUGGGCCGAUAUCUGGGCCGACAGUCCCGAGCUAGCGAAUGUCAAGGAUGCAAUUUUGCAGAUGAAGGAAUCGCGCAAGACGGAAGGGCUGCAGGAGAGUCGCGACCUCGAGAAGGAAUUUGCCUCGCCGCUCAUGCAUCAAUUCAAGGUAGUCUUCAGGCGAGCCAACGUGGCCCACUGGCGGACACCCAACUAUCUCUUCACGCGGGUAUUCACCCAUGUCGUCGUCGCUACCCUCACGGGCCUGACGUUCCUCAAUCUCGAUGAUUCACGGCAGUCCCUUCAGUACAGAAUCUUCGUUACAUUUCAGGUGACAGUCUUGCCAGCACUGGUUGUUUCGCAAACCGAGUUCAUGUUCCAUUUCAAGCGGGCGCUCUUCUUCCGCGAGCAGUCAUCAAAGAUGUACAGCAGUUUGGUCUUUGGUCUUAACAUGAUACUCGUCGAGAUGCCCUACAGCCUCCUGUGCGCCACCGGGUAUUUUCUCCCACUGUACUACAUUACCGGACUUCAACACGAGGCAUCGCGUGCCGGCUACCAGUUCCUGAUGGUGCUCCUCACCGAGCUCUUCUCCGUCACCAUGGGCCAGGCGCUCGCCGCUCUUACACCUUCGCUCUUCAUCUCAUCCCAGUUCGACCCCUUCAUCAUAAUCACGCUGGUCAUCUUCUGCGGCGUGACUAUCCCCAAGCCCCAGAUACCAAAGUUCUGGCGUGUCUGGCUCCACGAACUCGAUCCCUUCACCCGCUUGAUCGGCGGAAUGGUUGUCACUGCUCUUCACGACCUGCCCGUCGUCUGCACGCCCGCCGAGCUCAAUGCCUUCUCGGCGCCUGCCGGCCAGUCCUGCGGCGAGUACAUGCAGCCCUUCUUUAACCGCGGCGGCUCCGGAUACCUGGUCGACAACUCUACCAGUUCCUGCGAGUACUGCGCCUACAAGGUCGGCGACCAGUUCUACGAGCCCAUUGGCCUGGACUUUGGCAACAGGUGGCGAGAUCUUGGCAUUUUCCUUGCCUUUGUCGGCAGCAACUUGACGAUUGUGAUUCUAGCGACUCGUUUCCUGAACUACAACAAGCGUUGA